UUUCGAGUAUGUUUAUUCACCCUGGGUGCCAGCGAUGGUGAGGGAAGCGCUAUCCGUAUCGUAAAAUGACCAUGUAUUGUCAGGGAUGCAAACCUCAUGAAUGUUAAAACUUACGUAUUAUUUGCAAAACCUAUAGCCUAUACCUAAGGUUAUAGAAUAUUUAAAAUUUUGUAACUUAUCUCUUCACUCACAAUGAACGAACGGAACGAGCACUCACUGCAGGCAUUGUCUUGGAGGAAGCUGUACUUGAGUAGAGCUAAACUCAAGGCAUCGAGUAGAACCUCAGCCCUUCUGUCAGGGUUCGCUAUGGUGGCAAUGGUGGAAGUCCAGCUUGACAACUCCUAUGACUACCAUCCUGGCCUGCUGAUCGCAUUCAGUGCCUGCACCACUGUUCUGGUAGCUGUUCACCUGUUUGCCUUGAUGGUCAGCACCUGCAUUCUGCCCAACAUUGAGGCCGUCAGCAACGUACACAACCUGAACUCGGUGGAUGAGUCUCCUCAUGAGCGGAUGCACCGCCACAUAGAGCUGGCCUGGGCCUUCUCCACCGUCAUCGGCACGCUUCUCUUCCUGGCCGAGGUCGUCUUGCUCUGCUGGGUCAAGUUCCUGCCCGUCAAACCGAAGGGCAAGGGCACGACAGAGUACCGGAACAGCACCAUCAGUGCUGGUGUGGCUGCCGCCAUCACCUCCACAUCCAUCAUGGUACCGUUCGGCGUGAUCUUCAUCGUCUUCGCCAUCCACUUCUACCGGUCGCUGGUCAGCCACAAGACCGACCGGCAGUUCCAAGAGCUGGAGGAGCUGGAGGACCUGACGCGUCUCCAGAACGAGCUGGACCACAGAGGAGACAUCUCUGCUCUCCAGUCACCCACCUCUCACUACCCUUGAGCAGGAAGAGAGCCACUGGGGACAUAUACCAUUCCGAUCAUUCACUGUUUGCAAGGGCAUACUGUUGCCAGUACUCAUCUUGCCCGCAUAGGGGGAGGGGGGUGUAUAGCUGCUUUACUCAGUACAGACCAGUAACAUGGUGUAAAAGAGCAUGUGUUAGUUGGAGAGUUAAAUUCUUACUAUGAGGAAACAAUUGGCUAACAAGCACAAGCCUUCACUUGUAUUCAUUUCUAAAACCCAGGCUAUUAGUGUGAGGUAAUGUGACUGGCAGCUGAAGUUGGUGGUCCACAACCCAGCAUGUGAAAACAUACGGGCAUAUUAUAACAUCAUGCUGCCACCCUUAAAUUAAAAUUACAUGAAGAAUAUGUAUUCAUAAAGCAGUUUCACCCAAGGCUGGGGACAAUCAAACGGACCAUUUAAACAUGAUCGACUUACAUUUGGUGUACAAGUCUUAAGUUAUUGUUACUACUGUUGUGACUGCUGUUGCUGACAUUGACACAUGCAUGUUUAUGCAUGUACUUUACAUUUUUAUGUUUUAUUUUUUUUGCACAAGUUGUGUAAUUCUCACUUUAAUGAUUUAUAGUGGGAGAGACAAGUUGACUGAAUUAUGUUAUUAUUUCAGAAUUUCCUACAGGUUUUUGUAGCUGCUUCAUAUGAGUACUACAUACGUAUUGCCAGGAAAAGCCAGACAUUUGAUGCAAUGUUCAUGCAUGACUGAUGUUUUUAAAGGUAUUUUAUACAUUCUUAUUUACUCUACACACAUUUCAACUCAAAGCUUUGAGGUUAUGUUGGGUAGUAUUAAGACCAUGCUGACGGCGACUUAAUUGUGGCAAAUAUGUGUUGAUCAUAGUGGUUCUGAAUUUAGUUUUUUGAAGGUCUUAAUUUAAAGAUUUAAUGCUACAAGCACUUUUUCAGCAGCAGGCAUAUAGUUAAUUUUGUUUUUGUGAAAAUGUUUGAUUACUUCUCAUGUAGUUAUUUAUAUUGUUCAGCUAAAUAUGUAAAUGUUGAAAGUUUUUUGAAUGACCAAGAACUGACAAUUGUAUGAAGUGAUUUUGUUAAAUGUCCCAUCACAUAUUGAACUGUUGUAUGUUUUCAAACUGAUUUUGAUAAAUUGGAAUUUUAGUAAUGAUCGGUACCUUAUUAUGGUUUUUUACUUAACACUACAUAAUGCUUCAGAUCUCUUGCCUAAUAUAAAAUGUAGUAAAUGUCUAGUUAAGUAGAGUGAAAACAUUAAUGCAACAUGCAUACAUGUUAUGUUGUUGAAGAAACCAUAUUUAUGCAGUUGAUGGUGUUUUCUCCAAGUUGUCAGAAAAAUCCAUACACAACCAUAUGGUGGGGUAAAGGCAGGAUUUGAUGAUGAUUUUCAGGAUCCCAUUGAGUCGUCUUCUAUUAAAGAACUUUUUGCCAUUA